UCAAUUUUGCUUUUUCCAAUAUUCAGCUUUUUUUAACAUAGAGAAAGGACUCUAUGGUCUGCAAGGAAGAAGUUGUGAUGGUCUGAACCAUGGCUGAAUGUCUACGGGAUGUUUGCAGGCUAUGUGGAGAGAAGGGAGCCGCUGGUCUGCAUAGGAGAAAACCCCACAAUAAAGAAAAGUAUAGAGAUGUUAUACUUCAGGCCUUGGAUUUGGAUGUCAGUCAGGAUGUCCUUGGCACCCAUCCCCCAUUUCUCUGCCAUAACUGCUUCAAGAAGCUAGACCUGUGGCAUAAAGCUUUAAAACUCCAAAAGCAAACUUCAUGCAACAUCAAGGUUGCUACCUUUUUUGAACAUGAGUGUUCACAAGGCUGUGCUGUUGUCCAUCUCUCACUUGAUGAUCUCUCUUCAAUUUGCAACAGGGUCAUCGAAUUGGCCAGUCAACAUGGGUGCAUGACAUGGCGUGGUCCCGACAGGUUGAAAGUCAUGAAGUUCGGGGAGAGUGGCUACCCUGAAGUGGAGUUGAGUAUAUUCAAUGAUGUUUCUUGGAGGGUUGAUGUGUGUGGAUUCGAUGUAACAGGUUCAGGUUGUUCUUUGUUUGUGGAUGUUCCGGCAUCAUUAGGGUAUGCAGAUGUUGAAGGUGUGGUAAGAAUAAUCUGCGAGAAUGACGUUUGCACGGGAAACGGUGACUAUCCGCUUUUAGUAAAAUCGAAGGAAGGUUCGGCUGGUCAAAUCCCAGUUACCAUUACUGGCAGGGAUACAUUCCAAAUUCACCCAUAUCGGACCAUCAGGCAUAGAAAGUGCUCUUUGCUGGUAUCCAAACCGAAGAUGAAAUGCGAUUUAUGCCAACUUCUGAGGGUAGAUCUCAGUGUCUUGUCUUCAAGACUUAGUAAUGUCCCGGCUGCAGUUCUCACAUCAUCAACAGUGCGAAAUGAUGUCCUAUCAAACAGCAACCUGCAAAGAAAGAUGAAGUUGAUGAAAGCUGAGAUUCAAUCUCUGAAGAGAAGGAGUGGAGCCCUCCAGGAAAAGGUACGCCUGAUGAUCGAAGGUGACAGCAUCACUUUGCCUGUCGGUACUAGCACUCUGGUUCAUCAAGCAAUGGAGCAGGAGGAAUCUGCCUUCAUGUCUGCUGUCCCUGAGCACUCCUAUGCAGCGUUGCUUUGGGAACAGCAGAAGAAGUCUUUCCAGAAGGGCAAAGGGAUGAGGUGGCACCCAGCCAUCAUAAGAUUCUGCCUUGCUCUGCAGAGCAAGUCAUCGGCUACCUACGACCUUCUUCGUGAAAGCGGCUUUCUCAAGCUGCCUCAUCCCAACACCCUUCACCCUUACACUCAUUUUGGUGAGCCGACUGCAGGUUUUAAUUCAGAUCUGGUUUUGAGGAUUGUUGAGGACAUCAAUCUCUAUUCACUUCCAGAACAUGAGCGUAACAUCACAAUCAUGUUCGAUGAGAUGAAAAUAAAAGCGGGAUUGGUUUAUUCAGUUCGUUCCGGCGCUGUUGUUGGUUUUGUUGAUGUGGGCUCAAUUGCCAAUGAAAUCCUCCAGUUUGAGGUAAAAUGUAAAGGAGGGAAGGUUCCAAUUGCUAGUCAUGUGUUGGUUCUGAUGAUUCGGGGUAUAUUUACUUCGUUGCGUUCACCAAUUGGGUACUACCCUAGCCUUGGCAUUUCUAGCCAUCAGCUGUACCCCUGCAUUUGGGAGGCUAUUAAUCUUCUGGAGGCAGUGGGGUUUAUCGUGAGGUCACUGGCAUCAGAUGGGGCAUCGGCCAACAGGAAAUUCUACAGGAUCCAUGGACCCCGGAACUCCUUCACACAUUCAGUGAGCCAUCCUGCAGCAGAGCGAGACCUUUUCUUCUUUUGUGAUGCCCCUCAUCUCAUGAAGACAACAAGAAACAACUGGGAGAAUUCAGGCUUUAACAACAUGACCAGAAACUUGCAUUUUCAGAAGCAAGAUAUUAAGUGGACACAUUUGCUGAUGUUGUAUGACUGGGACAUCGGGAAGAACAGAUCUUCUCCAGGCCUCCGACGACUAUACAAGAUCACGUAUGAACAUCUGCAUCUAACCCCAACUUUGAGGAUGCGAGUCUAUAUGGCCACACAAGUUCUGAGCAUUACUGUUGCUAAUGCUUUUAAGGCAUUUGGCUGUCAUGAUACUUCUUCAACUCAGCUGUUUGUCUCAAAGUUUGACCAGUUUUUUUGACUGUUUGAACGUUGGAAAUCCCCACAAGUCAGCACACAAACUCAAACCAGCUCUUGCUCCAUAUACAAGCGUAGAUGAUUGGCGU